GCGUGGCCUACGCCACGUCACAUCCGGUCCUUGCGAGUGGAACCCGCGCGAUGAAGUGCGUGUUCGUUACCGUAGGGACCACCUGCUUUGUCGACCUCAUUGCGCGUGUCUCGGCGCACGAGAGUCUGCAAAUAACCAAGAGCUUUGGUUACAACCAACUUGUCCUCCAAACUGGCAGAGGAACUGUAGUACUCGAACCGUUCAGUGCUGAGUCUUUUACUCUGAAUGUUUACAGGUACAAGGAUUCCUUGAAAGAAGACCUUCAGAAAGCAGAUCUUGCUAUUAGUCACGCAGGUAUUGGUAGGUGCAGGAAGCUGGAGACUCUGGAAAAAGGAAAGCCUGUGGUAGUUAUAAAUGAAAAGUUGAUGAAUAUCAACUGGAAUAAUCAGCUGAAAUUGGCAAAGCAGCUGUACAGAGAGGGGCAUCUCUUCUACUAUACUUGCAGGGUCCCGACCUAUCCUGGGCAAGCCAGUUUUGCUUCUGCUCCUGCGAAGUGCCGAGGUUCUGCAGUGCUGACUCCAACUGCCUUCUCCUGCCUAGACCUGGGGCUGUUUUCCAGAUAUCUGCAUAAACGGCCCUUGUCACUCCUACUCAUUCCUCCCUGCAUCCUGCUUUUUUUCUUUUUGCCACACUUUGUUCCUUCUUCUGCCCUGCUACGACCCUGCACAAUGAAUAAAGGAUGGAAAAAGUACUGCGGCCAGAAGUCUCUGAGUGAGACAUCAAUGGAUGAAUAUUUAGGCAGCUUAGGGCUGUUUCGAAAGCUGACUGCCAAGGAUGCCUCUUGUCUCUUUCGGGCUAUUUCGGAGCAGUUGUUUUGCAGCCAGGUCCAUCAUUUGGAAAUCAGGAAGGCUUGUGUCUCAUAUAUGAAGGAAAAUCAACAAGCUUUUGAAUCUUAUGUGGAGGGAUCUUUUGAGAAAUACCUGGAACGGUUGGGAGAUCCCAAGGAAAGUGCUGGCCAGCUGGAAAUAAAAGCUCUUUCUCUAAUUUACAAUCGAGAUUUCAUUCUUUAUCGUUAUCCUGGAAAACCUCCAACUUAUGUCACAGAUAAUGGCUAUGAAGACAAGAUUUUGCUGUGCUCUUCCAGUAGUGGUCAUUAUGAUUCUGUAUAUUCAAAACAGUUUCAGUCAAGUGCAGCUGUUUGUCAGGCUGUAUUGUAUGAAAUCCUCUAUAAAGAUGUGUUUGUUGUGGAUGAACAAGUUUUGAAAACUGCAGUUGAAUUGUUUCGAAGUAAUUCCAGGAAGAACAGAAAUAAUGCUCUGACUGCAACUGAUGAUGCCCAUAUCGAUUACAAGAAUUCAACUCCGGAUAGGACUGAGGAGUGGGGUGCCUGCUGCAAUGUUGAAAGUAUACCAGAGGGCUACAAUCAAGGGACAGAAGAAUCAAAGUCUCCAGAAAAUCCAUCAAAGAUGCUCUUCCCCUAUAAGGUGCUCAAAGCCCUGGAUCCAGAAAUCUAUCGUAAUGUAGAAUUUGAUGUUUGGUUGGACAGCAGAAAAGAACUUCAAAAAUCUAAUUACAUGGAAUAUGCUGGGAGGCAGUACUAUUUGGGAGACAAGUGCCAGGUUCGCUUGGAAUCAAGUGGAAGAUACUAUAAUGCUCAUAUUCAGGAAGUUGGAAAUGAAAACAAUUCUGUAACAGUCUUCAUUGAAGAACUGGCAGAAAAGCAUGUUGUUCCGCUGGCUAACCUAAAAGCAGUUACCCAAGUGCCACCUGUUCCUGCCUGGAAUGCUAUGCCCAGUCGGAAAGGAAGAGGUUACCAGAAAAUGCCUGGGGGCUAUGUUCCAGAAAUGGCUAUGGUAGAGAUGGACAUGAAGCAGCGGAAGAAAAUAUUCAAGAAAGUUCGAGGAAAAGAGGUUUAUAUGACAAUGGCUUACAGCAGAGGAGACCCCCUCUUUCCGGCCAGACUUCAGCAUAGCAUGCAUUAUGGGCAUGAGCCUCCAUUGCACUACUCACAGGCAGCUGGCAAUGUUAUGCCUAAUGAACAUUUUCAUCCUCAAUAUUCAUCUCCAAGACAAGGUCGGGGAUGUGGGAUGCCUAGGGAUUCAUCUCACUUUAUCAACAGGCAAAACAUGCCAGGCCCUAAAGUUGGUUUUUAUUCUGGCCCAGGAAAAAGGUGCUGCCAGAACUAUGAUAACUUCUCCUAUAGAUCUCGCUCCUUUAGACGUAGUCACCGCCAGAUGCAUUGUAUGAAUAAGAACUUCCAAUAUGGCUUUGUCCCAGAAAACGGACAGAUGCCCAGGAGCUUGGAAGAAACUGUUACUUUUUAUGAAGUGGAAGAAGGGGGCGAGACUGCUUAUCCAGCUUUACCUAAUCAUGGCGGUCCCUCUACAAUGGUUCCUGCUAAUUCAGGAUACUGUGUUGCAAGGCGAGGACAUAGUACAGGCAAACAGCCUUUGAAUGCAGAAGAGAAUAAUGGUCAGGGUGAUAGUGGGGUAUAUCAUGAAGAAUAUCUUUAUCCUUCAGAGCCAGACUAUGAAACUUCAGGUGUUUACAGCACAACUGCAUCUACAGCAAACUUGUCUCUUCAGGACAGAAGGCCAUGUUCUGUACCUCCUCAGGAUGCAGUUACCUCAUUCAGCUACCCCCAAAAGGAGAUGGGAAAUUCUCCAGUACUUGCAGCUUCCUGUGCCAAUAAUGUUCCAGCUCCAGUUUUAUCUAACUGUACAGCAGCUGAUCAAGCUAGUAGUACCGCUUCAGUUUCCUCACAGAAUACUGUACCACCUCUAUAUGUAUCUACACCUAUACGAGGUAGACCAGUGAUUGUCUCACAGUCCUAUCCAUACCACUCUCCUCCACUUCCUCCUGCUGCUGCUGCUGCCUCUCUACCAGUACCACCACCACCACCACCACCACCUCCACUUCCUUCUCUUGAGAUGGGAGAGGCUUCAAACUUUCCACCACCACCUCCGCCUUACUCCUGUGAUCCAAGUGGCAGUGACCUGCCUCAAGACACAAAAGUUUUGCAGUACUAUUUCAAUCUUGGAUUGCAGUGCUAUCAUCAGAACUACUGGCACUCCAUGGUCUAUAUGCCACAUGUGCAGCAACUCCCUAUAGAGAAUUAUCCAGUGUAUCCUGAGCCACCUCCUCUGAUAGGCCAGACUGUUACUCACACGUACAGUGAAGUAGGGAGAGCAGAUGGCACACAGGCAGAAGCAUCAACAAAUGAUACUUUUCCAAAUGCUGAUCCUGCAUCCAUCCCUCAUGGAGCAGUCUACUAUCCAAUGAUGUCAGAUCCCUAUGGACAGCCACCUUUUUCAGGUUAUGAUGCCUGCUAUCCUGUUGUGCCAGAUUAUACCUGUGUUGCCUCAUGGCAUCCAGUUGGUGCAGUCUAUGGCAGUUCUUCUCAAAUUCAUGGUGCUAUAAAUCCUGGGCCAGCAGGCUAUGUUGCUCCAACUUCCUCAGCUCCUCAUUAUUUACCUCAAAAUAUGUAAGAUUCAACAGUAUGAAGUAUUCUUGCACUGCUAUUUCUUGCUGUUUUGGUUUUUAGAAAGUCUUUUAUGUUAGUGUUUAAAUGGUUUAGGUGGGUAGAAUGGUUACCAUUGUAUCUGUUUUCAAGAAUAUUUUAUCUUUUGAUUUAAAAUACCACAUUAAAGUAAUAUUUCUUUGAGUUGUGAAUGAAGAAAUUGAGUUGAAUGUACAACUAGUCCCACAUUUUAUUCAACUGCUUUCCUAUCAGCUGGCUUGUCAACUUUGAGUUAGCUGAUGGUAACAAUUGAUAAAACGAAUAAGUCAUACAAACUGUUUCCUUAGUUCAGAGAUCACACAUAUUAAAACAUGCAAAAUUGGAAUAACUUGUGCUUUUUUCUAGAAAGCAAAACAAUAAAACCAGAAGCCUUUGCCUCUGGGUGACUCAAUAUUAAAUGAGAGUGUUCUUCAGAUGUCUUAAGAGUUGUCUGAACUGAGCUGUAUUCUGUGGUAAUCAGCUUUGAAGGCACACGGUGCUCUGCUUUAGAUUUAUCCUAUACUAUUGUUUAAAACUGGAUUUAUGUAACUGUUUUACUGCACAGUAUUGAAUUGGUGUCCUUUGCACAGUUAGCAGUAAAUAAAAACUAGCAUUUAAAAUUGCCAAAAUGUGUGAGAUUUUCUUCUAUUUUACUUUUUCAUGGCCACAAAGAGUGUACCAGACAUUUGAUUAUUUCAGCAUGUUUUUUCCCCUGGCAUUUUGGUUGCAAAAGAAUGUGAAUUUAUAGCAUGAACUGGUGGGGGUAGUUGCGGGACCAUUUGAAAUGUCAUUUAAUCUCAGGUCACUGCAAUGCAUACUGCUGUAUCUAGUUCUUUUCUCCUGAGAAUGUUCCUUUUUAGGUUGUAUUUCUGUUUUUCAGAAACAUCUGUAUAAACCCAUUAUGGAACAUUAAUCUAGACUUUCUUAUUGUCCUAUGCUUUGCAGUUUUUCAUCUUGAUGUUUUGUGUUUAGACUUAUCUUGUAUCUCUGAAGGCUUGUCUCUUUCUGCGAGACAGUUCAUCAAUCCAUCUUUCCUUUUCCUUUUCAUCUAUCCAAACACCCCAAGGUGUUCUGUAUUUUGAUCAGUUCUCCUCUGAGGGGUAAUUUGUCCUAAGUGCAUUACUGUAUUUCAUCUGACAGCAGUUUAGAAAGUGUUCUUUGGUUGCCCCAAAACCUACUUUUUUUUUUAAAGUUUUAUUUAUUUGAAAGGCAGAGUCAAAGGGAGAGGGAGGGAAAGGAGACAGAGACUGAUUGAUUGAGAUCCUUCAUCCACUAGUUCACUCCCAAAAUGGCUGUGAUAGGCAGGGCUGGGCCUGGCCAAAACUAGGAGCCUGAAACUUUAUAUGGGUCUCCAGUGUGGGUGUCAAGUAUCUAAGUGCUUGUGCCAUUUUCUGCUGCUUUCCCAGGCAUAUUAGCAAGGAGCUGGAUUGGAAGUAGAAUAGCCGGACUUGAAUUGGUACUCAUGGGUUUCUGGCUUCACAGGCACUGGCUUAACAGUCUGUACCACGAUGCCAUCUCUAACCUAUUUCUUUCUCUUUCUCUCUUUUGUAAAGGUUUAUUUAUUUAUUUGAAAGAGUUACAGGUGGGGGAACGGAAGGAGGGGAAGAGAGAGAGAGAAAGAGAGAGCGAAAUAGAGAUCUUUCAUCCUCUGGUUCACUUCCCCAGAUGGCCACAACUGUCAGAACUGGGCCAGACUAUAACCAGGAGCUUCUUCCAGGUUUCCCACAUGGAUAAUGGGCCCAAGAACUUGGGCCAUCUUCUGCUUUUCCUAGCCCAUUAGCAUACAGAGAAAAUGCAGCCCCACAAAGGAAGGAAGCAGACCCCGGACACUAACCUUGAAAAGUGGUUGCUCCCAAUUAACUAGCUAAGCAGCUGCCCAGUAUUAUCUUGUCAAGGGAGGGAAGAUGUCCUAAGUUCUGCUAUCUGUAACUCCAGUGAUAAAUCUGCCCUAUAAAUCCUCUCCAGGUAUCUCUUUUGUAGCCAUACAGAAUCCACUGACCAUUGAAAAGUGUGGCCUUAAGUCACAUAGGAUGCAGUUUAAACCCACUGCUGUACUGGCUAAGGUGUGAUGCUGAUGAACCUAUAAAUAUGGUAAGAAACUUGGGAUUGAUGCUCAGUUUUCAGGAAAUGAUUCCGGUUGAGCCCACUCAUGUUAAUACACUGCUUUGGAUCCUCCACUGUCUCUGGUGCCUGUUUGAAAGAAGGGAGUUUUCACAUCCCAGGUUUCCAUAACAAGCACAGAGAGCUGGAUCGGAAAUGGAGCAGCCAGGACUAAAAUCAGCACCCAUAUGGGAUGCUGGCGCCGCAGGUUGUAGUUUAGCCUACUACACCACAGCAGUGCCGCCCCCCCCAAGCCUGUUUCUUUAAAUGUUAGUUAUGCUUUUGACUUGUUCUGUCCUUUAACCUGUUUCUACACCCCUGGCAAUAGGAACCAUUUGAGAAGUCAGAGGUACUUGAACAGUUGAAAGGACUGCAGUGGAACCCAUUGCAAAGCAGUUGUUAUCUUCAAUGUACUAUUUUCAAGGCGAUUGAUAUUCCAAAUAAGCCAGUGUACAAGUUAAAGGGUUCCAUUCACAGAAGCCAUUGGUUCAGCUGUUUUUGGAUCCAUCUUGAAAAGCCUUGCUCUAGGGGCAAGCAUUGUAGCAUAGCCAGUAAAGCCACUCCCGCAUCCCAUAGGGCGCCUGUUCCUGUCUCUGCUACUAUGCUUCCUAUCCAGCUCCCUGCUAAAGGCCUGGGGAAAGCAGCAGAAUAUGGUUCAAGUGCUUUGGCCCCGCAUCCACGUGGUAUAACCGAUUGAAGAUCCUGGCUUUGAGCUGUCUCAGCCCUGGCUGUUGCAGCAAUUUGGAAAAUGAACCAGCAGAUGGACGGUAUCUCUACCUCUCUCCCUAUCUUCCUCUCUCUCCUUCUCCCUCCCUCCCUCUCUCUGUAAGUCUUUCAAAUAUUUUUUUUUUUAAAAAGAACCUCUGAUCACUUAAUUUGUGGAUACAUCAAGAAUAAAAAAAAGCCUUGCCCUAGAACUUGACAUCUGACAACUUUAGUAAAGAAAGAUGGAUGGCAUCUCACUGAUGUUUGCAACAACCUAACUCUGGAUGUAUUAGUGCUUUAACUUCUUGGAUUCUUAAAUUUGUGCAGACUACAAAUCAUGGCUUGUAUAAGUGUUUAUUUUAGUCAAGCUUAUGACAGAGCAGUGCCCUACUCCCAAGUUUUUUAAAUUUGCUAGCAUUUCUGAUAUAUGCAUAAGUCCCAGCAAGUAAUUCUAACUUCAACUGUCAUUUGUUCACUAAUUAGCUCCAUAGGCUGCUUAACAAGGUUGCAGUCUAUCUUAAGAUUGUGAGUUUGGAAUUUGGCUGGUCUUGAAACAAGCACAUCUGCCUUCAGUUUCCAGUUGAAAACUUGUAGGUGUAUGCCUUGUCCUGAAUACCAUUACCAAUUAAUUCAGUUUAAUCAGAUGAUUGUUAUUGUCGUAAAACCUGAAUUCAACAUGUGUACUAAAUUGACCUAAUUAUCAGAUGUAAUCAGUUUUUAUGGUCUGUUUAAGUCAUAAAUACAAGUCCCUUUGCUGAUGUGUUCUACUCUUCUCUAAGAAAUAAAAGAGUGAGCCUUGGCCCUCCUAUUGGUGAAGACCAGGGAGGUAAGGGUGAGGAUAAUCUAUACUGCUGCAAAAGUCUGCAGUGGUUCUUGGAGGCAGCUGCCAGAUAAAAGGAAGUGGUUGUUGUGGUAAUUAAAAAAUUAAGACUUUACAUUGAAUCAGCCUGUAGCCAAAAUGUAGUGGUAGAUUCCUCUUUUACAUGUUACAUUUCUAGUUGCCCUUAAUAUUAUCAACAAUAUUCUAUCUUUUCUUUACUGUUAACCAAAUUUCAUCAUUCAGAAAUACCAGGGGAAGGAGAUACAAAGGUAGCAUGGUUUAUUUGAGAACCUUUACCUCUACCCUGUUCCUGAUAUAAAUCUGGUGCACUAAAGUUAGAAAGUUGGAUCUCUUCCAUACUGAGGAAUAAUAAUUCAUUUUUAUUUUUAUGUUGUAUGUGCAUUCUCAAAACUAAUUGUGGCUGUCUGCCUUGAUUAAGAGCAGAUGCAAAUAUUGAGUCUUUUACUGUUGAAAUCCAAGAGUUGUGAAUUUAAAACAUCUUUCAUUUCCUUGGAUCCUCUAAUCAACGGAUAACCUUUUAAUUAGCUUUGGAAAUAAAAGUAUAAACAAGCAAAUCAUGGUGUUUUCAUGUGAACACCAGACAUUGAGAAUUUAAUUCAGACAUGAUAAAUCUCCACCAAAAAUGAACUAGUCCAUUGGGGAAGGUAGGGCAUGAACUUAAUCUAGAGUUUUCUAAAUCUGGGGCAAUUUUAGGUCCUUUGAUGUGAAAUCUGGAGUAUUUUAGUUUUCCAUUCAUAGCAGAACUAAGAAUUCCUGACUGGCAAGCAAAAAAUGACCUGUUUUUCCACAUCCUAUCUAGAAUGUUAAAUUUCAGGAAAGCAGUUUGAUUUAGAACACUUGUCUUUUUUCCUACCUCAAUUAUCAUAGGCAGUUUUAUCUAUAAUACGUUUUAAGGACUUGUUGGGUACCUGUGGGGAUAUGUAACUUCAAGAAAGGAUUGACCUGAGUGUAGGUAACUACCUACUAGGUGACUAAAACUGUUUUAAGGGUGAUAAUCUGCGGAUAUGAAUUGUAGGUUGAAGAUUAGCUGCCUGUUACUCUUUAAUAACUGUUGAAGUUUGGGUUAGUUAUGCUCUUCUCUACUUUUGUGUUUGAAAUUUUUCAUAAUUAUUAAAGAAAAACUACAUUGGUAAUUGGCCAUCUGGAGAGGAGAUGUUUGCUUAGGACGUAAGAGUUCAGGUUUUAAAAACUGUUGACUUGGGACUGGCACUGUGGCAUGUAGUUUAAGCUUCCACCUGCAGUACCAGCAUCCCAGAUGGGCACUGGUUUGUGACCCAGCUGCUCCUCUUCCAAUCCCGCUCUCUGCUAUGGCCUGGGAAAGCAGUAGAAAAUGACCCAAGUGCUUGGGCCCCUGCACCCGCAUGGGAGACCCAGAAGAAGCUCCUGGCUUCGGAUCUGGCCCAGCUCUGGUGGUUGUGGACAUUUGGGGAGUGGACCAUCUUAUGGAAGACCUUUCUAUCUCUUCCUCUCUUUGUCUGUAACUCUACUUCUAAAAUAAUCUUUUUUAAAAAAUUAUUGACUUCAAUCCAGAAAAGAAUCUAAUUUAUUAGAGAGACUGUCACAUAAGAUCUGUAGAUACGAUGUGAAGACAUCCAUAUGAUAAGAAAUGGCUCUUAACAUUCUGCAAUUCUCAAGAAUAGUCAAUAGCUACAUGUAAAACUAAUUUUUAUUAACUGUAUAACAUUUGCUUGUAGUUUAAUCUAAUUGAGGUGAGUGAACCACUUCAGGUUUUACUAUUUCAGUAACAGUUUUCCUAAUAAUUAUCUCUGCCUUCAAGUUCACUUUUUUCUUUACAUUUGGCUGCCAGAGGGGAUUUUGGAAACCAGGAAAUUUCCUCACUGGUGAACUGCUUUUUCUCCCUUUGGUGAGUGGCUUCUGUGACUGGCUAGACUAGGGGAAUGGGAAUGUUUCCAUAAUACUGAAGUUCAAUUAAAUGAAUUCUUACAAAUUCAGACCAGUGAAUAAAAGUGUUAAGAUCUUUUCCAGUCAAGGUUAUUGGUUAAUGUUACUAAUGUAUUAGUGUUAUAUGGGUGGUGAAUCCCCCACAUAAUUAGGAAAUUUUUCUUGCGAGACCUUAUGACUUUUUCCAAACUCUGUAUGUGUAAGUAUGUAAGAUAUGGGUUUUUCAAAUUGUUUGCAGAAUUGUAGGAAAAAUCUGCCCUACUAGUAGGAUUCUAAAGUGUACUAGGCUUAAAGAAACUGUUUAAUUUCAUUGCUCUGGUAUGUUAGCCACCUCAAAGUUAGAAUUUUUACCUUAAUAAAAAGCCAAUUUAUUUUCAGUUGCUCUGCUUGCCUUAGCAGUUGAACUUUGUUUUCUGCCUUUUAACUGUGCUUAGCUUAGCUUCAGCAACCUAAGUAGGUCUCCCCUUCCUAGUUGUUUUGAAGCAUGGCAUAUGUUUGGCUUUUGUUAACCUAGUUCUUUCCCUUUACUGAUUGCUUUUUCCAACAUUUUAUUAUGAAAAUGUUCUAAAUAUACAGAAAAAUUGGAUGAAUAUAUAUCCACGACCUAGAUUUUAUAAUGAACAUUUUACUCUACUUACUUUUUCACAUAUCCAUCUCUAAAUUCUUAUUUUUGAUGCAUUUCAAUGUAAAUUGCAGACUUAAAUACACUGCACCCCAAAUAUCUCAGAAAGAAUAUUGUUAACUAGAAUUCUGUAUUUCUUACAGAUUCUUCUUUUGAGGUAAAUUUUACAUAGUGAAAUGCAAGAAAUCUUAAGUGAUGCAGUCAGUUUUGAUAAAUCAUAACUGACAAAUCAUAACUUGAAUCCCAUGUGCUGAUCAAGAUAGCAUCAUCCCUGAAAAAUCCCUUCAUGCCCCUUCCCAGUCAAUCCUUACUUCUAUCCCCAUCCUUCAGGUAACAAUUGUUCAUUCUGGUUUUACCGCCAUUAGAGAUUGACUUUCUGUUAUUCAAACUGUAUGUAACUGAAUCUAAUUUUGUGCUCUUUUGUGUAAGGCUGAUUUCAAUAUAAUAUAUUUGGGAUUCAUCUAUCUUACACGUCUCAAUAGUUGUUUUCUUCUUAUUUCUGAGUAGUAUUUCAUUAUAUGGCUGUGUUCUGUUGAUGGAUACUUGGUCUAUUUCCAAUUUUCAGAUGUGAGUAAAGCUUCUAUGAAUGUUUUUCUGGAAAUCAUUUUGUGAACACUUUUCAUUCCUCUUGAAAGAGAAUUGUUGGGUCAUAAGUUAGGUGUAUGUUUAGUAUUAUAAGAAACUGCUGGGCAUUUUUCCAAAGUAAUUGUACCAUUCUUACAUUCCCAUCAGCAAUAUAUGAGAGUUCUAGUUUUUCCAUUUCUAUCAGCAUAUGGUGGUGUCAGUCUUUUUGGUUUUAGCCAUUCUAGUGAGUGCCUAAGUGAUAUCUUGUGGUUAAAAUUUACAUUUUCUUAAUUUUUUAUCAAGCAUUUUUAUGUGUAUAUUCCUUUGUGAAGUAUGAUCAGACUGUUUCACAUUUUGGGAGAAAUUUGUACAUGUUGAUUACAAAUCUUUGUCAAAUAUACUUCGCACUUCUUUUUAAAUUGUCCUUAUCUAACUAGUGUACAAAUGUUAUACACUUUUAUGCUCAAAAUAAUUGGGCCAGAAUUUCCAAGUUAUUUAGCUGAAAGUUGGUGUUUUGCUUAUGCUAACCAGUGUCCUAAUGGCCUGAAACUUUAAUUAUUAAAAUACAAUGAAACAUCAGGAAUCUGAAUUAGUUGGAAGAAACGUAAUUGCUGGCGAGUCUAUUACUACCAAACCUUCGAAGGAAUGUCAAUUAAUACUUGAAGUAUUGCUCAGAUGUACUCAGAUUACACCAUAACCAUGACCAGCUUAACCUUGGUUUAUAUGUCUUCUUACUGACUCAGAUUCAAACUGUUUUGUGUGCAACCUGUAUCGUAUUUUAGGUAUCCAAUGGAGAAUAAUAAGUUUCUAGGAUCAGGACUUUGAGGUUUCCCAGUGUUGUAAGCUAUAGUUUUAUCACUGGAUUGGUCCUUUAUUUUAUCAACUCAUAGGUUUUCUGAGUGAUUACUAAAUUUUAAAUUAAUAGUCAUAGCUUGAUUUAGUAGGAAAUGUAAAAAUUGGAAUAAUGUUUAUUUUCAGUCAUAUACUUUUCAAAAUCUAUUAGACUGCAGAGGUCUUCUGUUAGUGUUUCUGUUGUCAAAUUAUAGUGUAAAAUCUAUUGUUCAUAAAUAUUUAUUAAUAGGUGGCUACAAAUUAUUACAUUGGAAAAGGGUGGAACAGACAUACCUUAAAUCUGAGUAACCAUACAUAUGGGGGGGAGUAAAUGCUUUAUUUUUAUUUAUAGUAAAGCUAAAAAUACACAAAAUUAUUGUACAAGAUUUUUUUAACACAGUUAAGAUUGACACUAAGUUUGCACUUCUUACAGAAAGUAAAUAAAAUAGUUACUGAAAGAGGUUUUAGCUUUUAAAAUAGUUUGCAAAGCCAAAACACCAUUUUUCACAAACACAUUUGAAAUUUUUUAUGAUUAAGCUUAGGAGCUAUAAUUUGAACCUUAAAUUUGACACUAACACUUUCUGUAUGAUAAUGCAUGACUGGGGCCACCAGCUAGGCUGAAAAAGUGAAUUAAGCAUACACUUUAUUUUCUAAUCUUUUUUUUCUUUUUUGCUGUAGUUCCAAACUGCAUUUAUUAGUUUAAGUAGAAAGGAAUUCCCCAUCCUCGAUUUCAUCCCUAUAGUUGAGAAAUCUUGAAGAUAUUGAAUCCUAUGAAUAAUUUAAAUAUUGCUGUCCUCUUGAAUACUACUUCUAGUGUUAGAAAAAAACAAGAAAGAAAUUGUUCAAUAUCAUAGACUGGUUUUCAUAAAUACAUACAUUCUGAACAAUUUAAAACAGGUCAUCAAAGAAGGAGGUACCUUUCUCUGAAGGGAGGAGAGAACCUCCACUUUGACUAUGACCUUGUCUAAACAAGAUAAGAGUCGGAGAACUCAGAGGGCUUCCAUAGCCUUGGAAACUCAUGACUGGAGCAUAGGGAGAUUACUGAUGCCAUAGACAGGAGUGUCAAUUGGUAAAGUCAACAACAGGAGUCACUGUGCACUUACUCCUCAUGUAGGAUCUCUAUCCUUAAUGUGCUGUGCAUUGAGAUUUAAUGCUAUAACUAGUACUCAAACAAUAUAUUUCACUUUGUGUUUCUAUGGGGGUGCAAACUGUUGAAAUCCUUACUUAAUGCAUACUAAACUGAUCCUUUGUAAAAAAAAAAAAAAAGAAAUUAUCAAUUCCCAACUUGACUCUCACUGGGAUUAAACAUGACAAUAGGUCUGC